UAAAUAUUGCUUCCACUGCCGAAAGCCUCAAUCCCCUGGGGAACCAUUAUCCCCUUCCAUUGUCCCUCACUAGACAGAGAGCCGACUAACCGCUCGAGGAGGUAUACAAAAGGGAUACAAUCCCGCCCCUGCUUUUCAUAGCAUGUACCCUGACUCCCGUGCUUACGAUAAUGGGUCAAGACGACGUUCAUCACCCAACCUGUCCAUUCUGUCCUUUUUCUGAUCCUGAUGAUACCUUUGUUGCGCAGCAUGUCGAAUACUGUCAUCCUGAAGGUGGCGGACAAACCGAGCCUCCAUCUGGAGAAAACGGGGAUGAAAAUCGACCGACUCCCAGAUACCAACAACCACAAAUGCCAGAUGAUGAAAACGUGUAUAUCAAAUGUCCACACGGCUGUGGUGAGAUUCUGCUAUCUGCUGAGAUCCCAUAUCACCUUGAUAUGCAUGCUGCAGAAGAGAUGGCAGUUGACGAUGCGCCGUCAAUCUAUUCCAAACACCCAGUGACGGUGAGCAAGGUCCAGAACCCCGUUCUUCCACGGUCUCAUAAUCGGACGGGCGAUGACGAGGCUCUCGAAGAUCCUUGCAACGUUUCAGCGGGGCCUGGCCCAUCCUCAACAGGAAACGAGGUGACGAGCCCUCUGCUAGCCAAUGCGUCACUUCCUGGAAGUGUGAAAAGACUUGGACGUGCAGAACUGGGACCGUACGCUCAUGAAAAACGAAUGCCGGCAUGGCUUCGGAGACUACUAGAACAGGGCGCAAAGAAAACUCAAUCCAACAUCAUCGGCCCUGAUGGCAAGCUUUCAAAAUUAGAGACAACUGAUAACGAGGCCAGCAAUGUGAUCUCAGUGCUCUCGAAGCUAUGCGAACAAGAUAAGUCUGUUCAGCGAGCUUUUUUCUGCAGUCCGAAUGUCCGUCAAAUUUCCAAGAUGCCAAGGGAAGGCGGUUUCUGUGGUUACAGGAAUAUCCAGAUGCUCAUUUCGUACAUUCAAGAAUCUCAUAUCUCCGGUCAUGAGCAUUUCACUGAGACGCUACCGACUAUUCUGCAGCUACAGGAUAUGAUCGAAAGUGCAUGGGAUAUGGGAUUCAACAGCUACAUUGGCACGCCAGAGGCACAAGCUCUAUUUCUGAGUCUGGGCAUAGAUUGCGAAGCAAGUAGCAUCGGAGAAACCAGAGAGAUGCGUGCCCACGACGCCUUGUACGCGGCUGUCGCCGCCUAUUUCCGUUGCGCAUGCUCCUUGGAUGGAGAUGAUAAAGUCUUUUUGACCAACUUACCCCCAUAUAUCUGCAACACCAUGGUACCGUGUCACUCUUUGACCAUCGUUGGCUUCGAAAUCCGGGGUGACGGAGGUGCGAAUCUUUUGGUCUUCGAUCCAAUGUUUAAAAUCCCUCUGGCAGUGAGGCGACUCAGUGGACCAAAAACAAUAGCAUCUCUCGAUCCAACGAAGGUCCUAAAAGCAUAUCGGCGCGGUACUACCUAUUUGCAGAAAUACAAGGUGUUUGAGCUUCUCAAACUGCGCGUUUCUCAGCCGUUGCCUUCAAUUUGAUUGAAUACACCCGAGUUUAUUGGCGUUUUCUUACUCGAUGUGGGAGCGACCAGGGAUUAUCAUAACCAAAUUCCAGACUGCAUCCUAUGGCGCGGGCUCGAAUAAUGCUAUUUCAGCAUAUACGGAGUAAGAGGACCCGUUAUUACAUUAGCAGGCCCUCCAACAUACUUAAAUAACGCUCCGAGACCUUUUAAUGGACAUAGAAAAGCAAGGGUGGUAUUUCCCAGAUGACUAUUUUCAUCAUAUGCCAAGUGACUCUUUGCAACAGAGUUCGUAUGGCAUAAAGGAUAUUAAUCAUUAAUAUUGACUAUUUCAGAGAAUUGUUAUCAGGGUUUAGAGAUUUAAU